AUUACAUGAAGAGAUCAGCUUACCAGUUUUCUUCAGAGCAGAGGCUGAGCUCAGAGCACGGGGUAGUACAGUGGGGGAAAAGAGCCAGGGAACCAGCGCGGUGCCUACGGAACUCCAGGCUGGAAUCCCUGAGACACAAGUGCAUCUGCUAGCGUUAGCACUUGGCAGACGGAGUCUCCUCCAGGGUAGCUUUGACUCUGGGUAAUAAUGUUUGUCAGCUACCUGUUAUUAACAUUGUUCCACACUGAGACAGCAAUGUUAGCAAGACCUGGGGGAGAGAGCAUUGGCUGUGACGACUUCCUGGGAUCUGACAAAGUCUUGGACAAAUGCGGGGUGUGUGGAGGUGAUAACACGGGCUGCCAGGUGGUGUCGGGAGUGUUCAAGCAUGCCCUCACCAGCCUGGGCUACCACCGAGUUGUAGAGAUUCCCCAAGGAGCUACGAAAAUUAACAUUACAGAGAUGCACAAGAGCAACAACUACUUAGCCUUGCGAAGUCGCUCUGGCCGCUCCAUCAUCAAUGGGAACUGGGCAAUCGAUCGCCCCGGGAAGUACGAGGGCGGAGGGACAAUGUUCACCUACAAACGACCGAACGAGAUCUCCAGCACUGCUGGGGAGUCCUUUCUGGCUGAAGGUCCCACUAAUGAGAUCCUGGAUGUCUAUAUGAUACACCAGCAGCCCAACCCAGGAGUCCACUAUGAGUAUGUGAUCAUGAGGAACAACGCCAUCAGCCCACAGGUGCCACCACACAGGAGACCAGGAGAACCUUUCAAUGGGCAGCUGGAAGAGGAAGACAGAGGCCAGGAGGACAGAGAAGAGAGGGAGAAGAACCAGGAAAAGGAAGACUCACAAGUCGAGGCCCCUGAGGUAUUCACGUCAGAAUCCACGCAGACCUUCCCAGUCAGGCAUCCGGAGAGAUUCCCUUCCCACCGACCAGACAACUUGGUACCCCCAGCACCACAGCCCCCAAGGCGAAGCCGGGACCACAACUGGAAGCAGCUGGGGACAACAGAGUGCUCCACCACCUGUGGGAAAGGAUCGCAGUACCCUAUCUUCCGCUGCGUGCACAGAAACACACACGAGGAGGUUCCCGAGAGCUACUGUGACUCCAGCAUGAAGCCGACCCCAGAGGAGGAGCCCUGCAACCUCUUCCCCUGCCCAGCCUUCUGGGACAUCGGGGAGUGGUCGGAGUGCAGCAAGACCUGUGGUCUGGGCAUGCAGCACCGCCAGGUCCUGUGCCGCCAGGUGUAUGCCAACCGUAGCCUGACGGUGCAACCCUACCGCUGCCAGCACCUGGAGAAGCCAGAGACCACCAGCACCUGCCAGCUCAAGAUCUGCAGCGAGUGGCAGAUUCGGACCGACUGGACCUCGUGCUCAGUGCCCUGUGGCGUGGGGCAGCGGACCCGAGAUGUGAAGUGUGUGAGCAACAUUGGGGAUGUGGUACAUGACGAGGAGUGCAACAUGAAGCUCCGGCCAAAUGACAUCGAGAACUGUGACAUGGGGCCCUGUGCGAAGAGCUGGUUCCUCACAGAGUGGAGUGAAAGGUGCUCAGCGGAGUGUGGGGCAGGAGUGAGGACACGUUCAGUGGUGUGCAUGACCAACCACGUCAGCAGCCUGCCGUUGGAAGGCUGUGGGAACAACAGGCCAGCGGAGGCUACGCCGUGUGACAAUGGGCCCUGCACAGGCAAGGUGGAGUGGUUCACUGGCAGCUGGAGUCAGUGUUCCAUCGAGUGUGGCAGUGGGGCACAGCAGAGGGAAGUGAUCUGUGUCAGGAAGAAUGCAGACACCUUUGAAGUGCUAGACCCUUAUGAGUGUUCAUUCCUGGAGAAGCCCCCAAGCCAGCAGGCCUGCCACCUCAAGCCUUGUGGAGCUAAAUGGUUUAGCACAGAAUGGAGCAUGUGCUCUAAGAGCUGUCAGGGCGGAUUCCGGGUGCGGGAAGUUCGGUGUCUCUCAGAUGACAUGACCCCGGGUAGCCUCUGCGACCCCCAGUUGAAACCAGAAGAGAGAGAAUCUUGUAACACUCAGGACUGUGUCCCUGAAGUUGAUGAAAACUGCAAGGACAAGUACUACAACUGCAACGUGGUGGUCCAGGCACGCCUCUGUGUCUACAACUACUACAAGACUGCCUGCUGUGCCUCUUGCACCCGAGUGGCUAACAGACACAUGGGCUUUCUGGGAAGCCGAUAACACGCCUGCACUCCUGGGGUUACAAGCAGUGCAUCCGGCUGGCUGCUGCUCUGCCAGGGACCCCACUCUCACCUUCAUAAAGCCACAUGGUACCCAGGAUGUUGGAAAGCCAUGGCUGGCCCUUUGAGCACUGCCCUGUCCUGAUGACGAACUUCCUUGGGACCUGGCACCUACUGAUGGUGCCUUCCGAAAAUCCAGCAUAGAGCUCUCAUCCCAACUCCAGGCCUGCCGUCAUCCAGGGCAGCAGCUGGACCCCUGACCAAGCACAGCCUCCUUCCUGGUGCUACUGGCCUAUCCAAAAUUAGAACCCCUUUGGGAAGUCAAGAGAGGGAAACACCCCAUCCUGCAGCAUCGACAAACCUGUGCACCCCUGAUACCUCAGCCCAGCUGCAUUCGUUGCCAUUCUUAAAGACAAGAGACAGUUCCCUGCCUCCGGACAGAGGUAUCUCACAACAGAGUGCUUUUUUGUUUAGCAGGUACACACGUUCUCUGACAUUAGCUCCCUGGAGGCUGUAGCAUCGCAGAAUGGGAGGCAGGGGGUGAAUAUGUGCUCCCACUUUACUAGCAAGGAGACUGAGGUCUACUCACGUAACUGAGUUGCUGUUUGGGAACAAGGCUAAGUGCCUACCCCAGAUGGUUGAACACAACCUUCUCCCCGCAGCUCUCCAGCCUGGGCCCUUUCCAGGGCCUAUAGUCUGAAGGAUGAAUGGGGCUUCCUGUCUGACCAGGAGGCUGAGAAGUUUCUCAUUCUAUGAACAGCCCAGGCUUCUGAGACCCAUCCUCUGUCCCCAAGUGCUGCCUCAAAUGAGUUCUUUCAAGAUAUCUGCACCCCUGUCCCCCUUCCCUCAGCCACAACUUCUGCUGACAGGAAUCUGGUGUUUGCUAAGUUCCAUUCUCAACAGAACUGUCCCUCGAGACAAGAUAGCCAUGGGGAGAGCUGGCCAGUUGCCAGGGGUUCUCUGGGCCAUUCUGGAACUGGAACAAACUCCCACAGGCUCUUGUUCUACCAUCUCUCCUGGGUUCUUCAUGGUACCACCUCAUGUACAGCCACACCAGUUAAACCAGCAAGAUGUCCAUAUUGCAAUAGAAAGGGUCUUAUUUGAGCCUUGUGGACUGUCUGAAGUUUCUAUCUAGUGGUCUUGCAUCCCUCCCCUCCACUGUGACUCAUGACUCUUUCUUCCCACAAGCCUUGACCAUCAAGACUAACUUUAAUGCUGCAGGUCUGAAAGAAGGAGCUAGGAAGCCCUCCGUACCUCUGCUGACUCACUCUGCCCAACUGUAAUUCCAAAGGCCCAGGCCUGAAGGGACUCAGUGUUUAUUGAAAGGUAAACCAUCCUGGGGUGCCAGGGACUGGGGAGAGACAAUUAGGAGAAAUCUUUUUUCUUUCUUAACAAUUGUAAACUUACAGAAAGGAUCUUAUUUCGGGUUCUGGGCAUGUUUCCCUUAAAGAAAGCUCAUACUUUUAGCAUACGAUCUCUCCAUGAAGCAGCCUGCACUAUGACCGACCGCUCACGGCUGUGGGGAUGGUAUAACCUGUACGGUCUGAUGCACUUUGUCAGGAUUCCAAUGGCCUCCACCUUUUGCAAGUGUCCCCUCAGCCUUUGUCUCUGCCUGAGAAGCAAAGCACUGCUUCUAUCCGUAAGCAGCCCACCUCUCCUGUGGGGCAGGAGAUACACAACCCAGCAGAGACCGCACUCGCCAUGCACAGAGAGAAGCCACCACAUGAGCAGCUUCUGUCCAGUUCCCUGCCUGUCGCUCUCACUGUGCCUCUGCUUGUCCUGGGCAGGUUUCCCUCUAUGCAGCCAUUCUCAGAUCUUGCUGGACAAGCCAGACAUUUGAAGGAUUCCUUGGAAGGUGUUUGUGUGCAUGCCGGAUCUGUGGGUAAAAUGCAGGCUGGCAUUAGCUCCAGGAAAGGAAGGUGUUCUAGCAACCAAAGCCACCCAACAAUGGAUGGUCACAGGGCCUAAAGGACUUCUCUGUGGAGAGUGAGUGCUCUGAUCCUUCAAAUUCCCAAAUUCUCGGGGCUGGGCUAGGUUAGUGAUGGCUUUGUCUAUCCUAUGUCUCAGAUGUCACCACACAGUUCUUAGGAAGGACAGUGAUCCUCCUGUGAGUGUAGGUCAGAGAAAAUGGGGCAGGCUCUGGUCUUUAGGCAAACACCAAACAAAACACCACCAACAAAACUAGAAAACACCUCAUCUGAGUUCAGUGGAUUUUCCCAGGAAAAUCAGCUGUUCCUGGGAGUUCAGUCCCAUUGAGAAGGUUGCAGAUUUUUAGAAUGGGGCAAUUUACCACUUUGUUUAGAAGGCCAGUCUUGCAAAGGUCCUGGUUCCUCCUUCUGUCCCCUACAUAGCCUCCUCCAUACACAGUGUGGGCAGUGGGGCCUUGGGAUCCCCAGUGAUGACCAGGGAUGGAUGCCUGUCCCUGCAGAUGGUGCUCUAUAUGCCACCUUCUUCUUGGGCCUCUUCACAUUCCCUUCGUUGGCUGUGGUUUGGAACUGAAAUUUAUAUUUCAAUAUUGAUUUUCCUCUGGUGUGCCAGAUGGCCACAUCAUGCCUCUAAAUAAAAAAUUAGGUAAAUUAACGCUACUGUGUAGCCUUUCUCAACAAAAGUCAACAAAUCCCCAAAUGAAAAGCUGGUGCUGUCUCCCUUUCACUGGAAAAAAAACAAAACAAAACAACCUUCCUUUUGAGCUACUAUUGACUCUCUAUUUCCCUUUACCUCUCAGGCUGGGAAUAUGCUAUCUGGCCGCUAGAGGGAGUUCCCUGCUCAUAGCCAUGCUCACUGGCUAUGCUCAGCCAGAGGAGCUUGUCAGCCCAGGAUUUCUGUUCUGCCUUCCCUCCUUGCUUUUAGCACACAUCAUCUAUUUGCUCUCUACUCAUUUACACCCAAACUUCUCUUUUUAAAAGGUGGCUUUCUAAAGGACUGAGAAACGGGAGAUGCUAGAUUAAUUCGUAGCGUGGUCUGGAGAAAUCUAGAUAUUGCUAGCACCUGCCCAAGAUAGCCCCCUCGUUUCAUUAAUAGCUGUCUUAGUGUUGACACUAUAGAGCUUUCCUAUAAGGAACAAAAUGAAACAAAACGACGUCACAACAGGGUGAAUGAUCUGUCAGCCCUGCAGGUGGAGGCCAGAUCCUUGCCAGAGAAAACAUUUUGCACAUAGCUUAGAUGUCUUUGAAGAAAACUGGCUGAUGUCCUGAUCUUGGAGAGCCAAUGGCUAGGGUAAGAGGGAUCUGAAAAGAUGUUAUAAAACCCCUGACGAGAAGGCCUGUAUAUAUCUCAACAGUUCCCUGGGAGGUGGUGAAAGUCCUACCUUUGGAAUAAAAGAAUAACUGUACAGUUGAAAGGUGCUAGAGAAGAAUUUCAGCUAAGUUCAAAGUGAGUCAAAGAGUGGGAGGAAGCAUUAGAAUAUAAAGGACCCCUGGACUCGCAAGUUAGCUCAGUCAGCAAAGCACUGAAGAACUGAGUUGAGUCUCCGAACCCACAUGCAAAAAGCUGGGUGUGGUGGUACUCAGUUGUAAUCCCAGCACUAGGGAGGCAGAGACUCACCAGCUGGCCAGCCCCACCUACUUGGCAAGUUCCAGGCCAGUGAGAGAUGGUGUCUCAAACCAUGGUGGAUAGCACCUGAAGAACAACAGGUGUCCUCUGACCUCCACAUGAACACACACGUGUGUGUAAGCCACUCCACAAGCCACCAAGGCCACAGAGACAGCACGGGCGAGAGUCAAGCUGGUGUCUGUAGGAAGACUACUGCUCACAGGUAACAUUCAGAUGGGGUUUUCCGAUCCCGAUAAAAGAGGACAGCCUGUCGGAGACAGUGUGAGGAGCUUGUGAGGCGGGAUAUCUGCGGAAGAGACAUCCUGAGAGCCCUCUCAGGAGUCAGAGGGAGGAAGCUGAGUGAAACAGGUUGCUCCUAUAGAAUGGCAAGCUUUCUGCAAGCACCUUCUACGGGGCAGGGAUGCUGGAGAUGAUAAGCAGCUGAGGCAGAAUGGCACUGUGUCAGGAUGUGGGGAGAGGCUCCCCAAAGUGGAACAGCUCUGAGUGACUCAUUCAUAUCCUUCCUAACUGCUACUACCUUGCCGCCAUUUGAAACCCAUCAGUGCCUCUUCCUGUAAGUUGUGUGUGCUGUCAUAUGGCAACCACUGGCAACCCAGACAGAGCCAUCCCCCUGUGCCUGCUUCACAGAGGGACAAACAGACAUGGGGCAGCUAACUGCCUGCCUGAGGUCACAACGCUCCACGGAGGCAGCCUGGACUAGCCUGGGCUAUUUGUCUCCAAUCCCUUUUGUAAGAACAGGCUGCCUUCCUGAGGGACUGUUUGCCGACAAAGAGCAACGGCUUUCUACCCCACACCGUCCUUUAUCCUCUGAAUCGUUGUUCUGUUGGGAUCUGUGCUGUGCUGUGGAAAGUGGCCCCAAGAAUAUGGAAACUCCCAGCCUCGUCAGAUGAUCAGCCCCUGCCUCAAUGGACAAAAGUCCAUUCUGUUACAUCCACUAACUCCCACCUUCCUGAGCCCCCCAGCUCCCCAACAUAAGGAUAUACUUUGCUAUAACUUAUUAUUUUGUUCUCUGUAAAUACAAGAUGUUUAUAGGAAAUAUGUAUUCUGAACUAUAUCUGCAGAGUGGACUGCAACGCCAGAAUAGUUCUGUUAUUUAGAAUAUGUGCAUUGUAAAGGAACCUAAUAGGUAUUUAUUUACAUAUGGCAUCCACAUUUGCAUAAAAUUUACAUAUGCCAUCCACAUUUACAUAAAAUUGUUUGAUUGGCCAAGCCAGCUUCCUGGCACAUUGCUGCACCACAGUGUCUUAUUCUAUGUCAAUCCUUACAGUUGUUUAUAUGGUGAUUGGCCAAACUUUUGGGGGUUUAAAACAAAAUAUAACUAACUCCGCUUUUGACGUAUUCAGGGGCUCUCCCCCUGGUAUUGUGCCUGACUAAGCCUGCCACCUUUCUGUCUUAAAUAUAUUUUCUCAUAUGAUCUGCCCUCUCCUCACACCCAAACACUUGGAGAAGGAAAGGUGACUAGCCCUUCUCGGUGUGGCUGGCCAUUAGCUUCACCCGCCUCAUUGCUCAGGUCAGAGCUGUGGAUGCCUUGGGCUGAGGGGCUGGGAGAAGCUUGGGGGCACACAGCAACCCCAGGGUCCCUGCUGGGGACUGUGGGGGCCAGGGCCUUGAGCAUGACCAGUGAAAUGCAGAAUUAGAACUGAGAAACCGGAGGACACCGCCAGUUCCAUGUCUCCUCUGCAGGCUUAAGUUAUUAUGGGAGGGGGGAGGCAAGUAGACGGUGAAUUAUAUGAGCAAAUAUGAGCUGGUUUCCAGCACUAUUUUGUGUACAACUAAUUUAUUUUCAUUG